GCCAGUGAGCUGGCCCACAGACGGGCGGGCGAGAGAACCAGCUAGGUUCCGCCCCGGCGCCUGCCCGCCUCCUUUUUAAGCGCCUCCCGCCCAACCUCAGCUCCCUUUGGCUUUGCCACGCUCCUUCCUCCCCGCCUUCCUGGUCUCCCCCGACUGCGCUGGUUCCUGUGGCCACCCCGCAGCGCCAGCCCAGGUGCCAUGGCUGCUAUGUACCUCCCGAGCCUGCGGGUGAGCUGGCAUGGGCUGCGGCCCUCGUGCUGGUCACCAUGCCGCAGCAUCCAGACCCUGCGUGUGCUCAGUGGAGAUCUGGGCCAGCUGCCAGCUGGAGUCCGGGACUUUGUGGAGCGCAGUGCCCGUCUGUGCCGACCAGAGGGCGUCCACAUUUGUGACGGGACUGAGGCAGAGAACGCUGCCACACUGGCCCUGCUGGAACAGCAGGGUCUUAUCCGGAAGCUCCCCAAGUAUAAGAACUGCUGGCUGGCUCGCACAGACCCCAAGGAUGUGGCACGGGUAGAAAGCAAGACGGUGAUUGUAACUCCUUCACAGCGGGACACAGUGCCCCUCCUCGCUGGUGGGGCCCGUGGGCAGCUGGGCAACUGGAUGUCCCCAGAUGACUUCCAGCGAGCUGUGGACGAGAGAUUUCCAGGAUGCAUGCAGGGCCGCACCAUGUACGUGCUUCCAUUCAGCAUGGGUCCUGUGGGCUCCCCACUGUCCCGCAUUGGAGUGCAACUCACUGACUCAGCCUAUGUGGUGGCAAGCAUGCGUAUUAUGACCCGCCUAGGAACACCUGUACUUCAGGCCCUGGGAGACGGUGACUUCAUCAAAUGUCUGCACUCAGUGGGCCAGCCCCUGACUGGGCAUGGAGAUCCUGUGAGCCAGUGGCCUUGCAAUCCGGAAAAAACCCUGAUUGGCCAUGUGCCAGACCAGCGGGAGAUCGUCUCCUUCGGCAGCGGCUAUGGUGGUAACUCCCUGCUGGGCAAGAAAUGCUUUGCCCUGCGCAUCGCCUCUCGCCUGGCCAGGGAUGAGGGCUGGCUGGCCGAGCACAUGCUGAUUUUGGGGAUCACCAACCCUGCAGGGAAAAAGCGCUAUGUGGCAGCUGCUUUCCCCAGCGCCUGUGGCAAAACCAAUCUGGCUAUGAUGCAGCCUGCAUUGCCGGGCUGGAAAGUAGAGUGUGUAGGGGAUGACAUCGCCUGGAUGAGGUUUGACGGCGAAGGUCAACUCCGGGCCAUCAACCCUGAGAAUGGCUUCUUCGGGGUGGCCCCUGGCACCUCUGCUACCACCAACCCCAAUGCCAUGGCCACAAUCCAGAGCAACACUCUUUUCACCAAUGUGGCGGAGACCAGUGAUGGCGGUGUGUACUGGGAAGGCAUUGACCAGCCUCUUCCACCUGGUGUCACUGUAACCUCCUGGCUCGGGAAGCCCUGGAAACCUGGUGACAAGGAACCCUGUGCACAUCCAAAUUCACGCUUUUGUGUCCCGGCUCGCCAGUGUCCCAUCAUGGACCCCGCCUGGGAAGCCCCAGAGGGUGUCCCUAUUGAUGCCAUCAUCUUUGGAGGCCGCAGACCCAAAGGAGUACCUCUGGUGUAUGAGGCCUUCAACUGGCGUCAUGGGGUGUUUGUGGGUAGCUCCAUGCGCUCCGAGUCCACCGCCGCUGCUGAACACAAAGGAAAGAUCAUUAUGCAUGAUCCCUUUGCCAUGCGGCCUUUUUUUGGCUAUAACUUUGGACACUACCUCCAACACUGGCUGAGCAUGGAGGGACACAAAGGAGCCCGGCUGCCUCGUAUCUUCCACGUCAACUGGUUCCGGCGAGAUGAAGCAGGCCGCUUCCUGUGGCCAGGUUUUGGGGAGAAUGCUCGUGUGCUAGACUGGGUCUGCAGACGAUUAGAGGGAGAAGACAGUGCCCAAGAGACUCCCAUUGGGCUAGUACCAAAGGAAGGAGCCCUGGACCUCAGUGGCCUCAGAGCAAUAGACACCAGUCAGCUGUUCUCCAUCCCCAAAGACUUCUGGGAACAGGAGGUUCGCGAUAUUAGGAACUACCUGACAGAGCAAGUCAACCAGGAUCUGCCCAAGGAGGUGCUGGCUGAGCUCGAGGCCCUGGAGGGGCGUGUGCGAAGAAUGUGACCUGAGGCUCUAGGUUGGCAAGAACAUGGCACCCCCAUCUGGGUAGCGACUCCCAGGCUCAUAGAAAACAUGAACAGCUUGAUAUUAAAAUGUGCAAGUGUUGGGAGGCCAGGCCACAGACCUCCUCCGGUGCUGUCUGAUAAGAGACUCACAUUUAUUCGAUACAUCUGUGUCGUUUUCACUUCUCAUUUGUCUUCAUGGGCUUCCUUCUAAUAGCGGUCUCUGACUCGCACAGUAAGCACUUUUAGAAGAAGGCGUUGUUCGUGUGAAGAACGUAGCCUGGUAGGUGAUGCUUGCCUUUAAUCUAGAGGCAGCCCGACCUCGGGAAGUGUGAAACCAGCAUGCCUGGUCACCGACCUCGGGAACUGUAAACCAGCAUGCCUGCUCAACAUAGCAAGUGCCAGGCUAGCUGGGCUCCAGAGUAAACAUCAGUCUUCAAAAGGGGGGGUGCACAGCAGACUGCUCAGUGUCUAGGUUAGGGUUCUUUGUUCCACACAGACGCGCACAAGCUUCAUUCUCCGGUGAUGCAGCUCCGUGAUUGGUCCUUGUGCUGGUUUCCUCCCGCCUGACUUGAACCAGGAGCCAUAUUUUUUUGUCUCUAACUUAGGACAAGGUCUUGUGAAGCCCAGGCUGGCUUCAAACUCCCUGUGAAGUUAGAGCUACCCUGCACUCCUGAUCCUCCUCUCUCUGUAUUGGCAAGCGUGCCACCAAGGCCAGCCAGACAACAGCACUUCUAGAGCACCAUCUGUAAGCUAGGCACUGUUGUAAGCACGCUGUGAAAGUCCCAGUUCACAGCCCAAAAUCCAGAGCUGGAUUGAGCAUAAUGGCACAUCUUAAAAUCCUAGCACUUGCCGGGCGUUGGUGGCGCACACCUUUAAUCCCAGCACUCGGGAGGCAGAGGCAGGCGGAUUUCUGUGAGUUCAAGGCCAGCCUGGUCUACAGAUCUAGUUACAGGACAGCCUCCAAAACAAUACAGAGAAACCCUGUCUCAAAAAACCAAAAAAAAAAAAAAAAAUCCUAGCACUUGAAGGACCCUAUCCUAUCACCAAGGCAAGAGAAGUGUAUAUAUAGUGGCCCUGUCUACAAAGAAAGAAAAUCACAAACCAGAGAUUAUCUAGUGAAUGACCCACAACUUUGUCCACAUGGGCAGCAGGCGGCUAUUAAAAAAAGACUUGACAUUCAGAGGGGAACAUGUUGGAAAUGGUCUGGGGAAAACAGGAGAGGGGAAGAAGAUUUGAUCAAAAGACAUGAAGCUCAAAUAAAAUAUGAGGAAAACCUUCAGACGAAAUGGAAUUCCUGGAAAAUCCCUCAGAAGAAAUAACUGGAUGAGGAAAUGCUGUGUGUUCCCCCAGAAAAUGCUGGAAAACUAGUAAAGGAAGAAAGGUUUACUAAAGGUCAGGGUGGCCCACGCAAUAGGACACAGAAUGGAGAACACCACACAUAAAAAUACAGCUGGGGGAAGAGGUUGAUCAGGCCCUAAGUUAUAGCAGAAGUAAGGUCUGAUGCUCUGCUGCACUGUGAGGUAGCUAAGGAUAAUACCACAGAAGAGCUGAAGCGCCAGGUGUGGUGGCACGGGCCUUUAAUCCCAGCACUCAAAAGACUCUGAGGCCAGCCAGGUCUACAGAGCAAAUUCCAGGACAGGACAGGUGGGGGAGGGGCCCUGUCCUAGUGGUACAAAAAAAAGAAGAGCUGAAGGACUUUGAGUGUUUCUGGUUUUACCACAAAGGAGUGAUGUUUGCGGGACAGUUCACCCUAAUUGGAACAUUGCACAUUGUACACAUGCAUAUAAACAUCACAUGAUGCCUCAUAAGCAUGCACAAUCUUGCGUCAAAAGAAAUGGCAUGAUUUCUAAAUAUCUGUAAACAGAUCCUUAUCUUCACAAAUAGCAAGGAGUAAAAAAUGCUGUCUGCA